UUUCCUGAAGCUAAGCUAUUUGAAUGUAUUCAGUAUUACCACAUACUUCUUAUAGAAAACAAAAUAGAGUUAAGACCUGAUGUAACGGACAGAGGCACCACAAUCCAAACACAGAAAAUGGAAAUCGAGUCAAAUGUCAUUUCCUGUUUUCCAUUUUUGAUGCUAGAGAGAGGAAAGAUAUUGAGAAAGGAGAAGAAAGGAAAGACGUAUUUGAAUAAUUAAAACCUCAAUGGAAUAUACAUAUACUGAACUUCACAAUUCCUAACCGUUACGAAUAAUUACUCGGUAAUUCCGCAGUACUUUGCAAAUGAAUAAUUUCGUUCAGCCGCAGGUAAUCGACGGGGUAAUAAUUCAUUAUACAGGAGAACAUAAUGUCGGCAAAUACUAAUGGUAUACCUGUAUUAUCGGAACGAUGAAACUUUUUAAUGAUAUCAAGAGAGACAGUGGAAGAAAGAGAAAAGAAAAUAUAUAUACACAAAAGAGGAGAGGAAUAGCCGAAGGAAAAAUGCGUCGCGGAAUUGUCGUCAUCAGUAUUGUUGCUCGCGGCUUCCCACGCUGCGGACCAUCACGAAGUGACGCAGCGUUCGAUUUUCUUGAACUCUUUUCUUGAACUCUUUUCUUGAACUUUUCUCCUAUUUUUAAGCGAAGAUACUCAAUAUUUAUGAUAAUAAUAACGAUACGCACCAUCAACGGCGAAUAACAGAAUAUAAAUUCUUCGGAGGAAAUUCCCAUGGGGGAGGACAAUUAUGCAAAUUGUUGCUCGAGUGAGUGAUCAAGACGUAGGUAGCCAUCACUAGCCAGUAAGAAGAUGCACAUACUUCCAGUGUCGUUCGCUCUGCUCACCUAUACCGGCUACUGGCGACCGGUGCAUUGGCCGGUUAACUCGAUUAAAUAUUGGAUGUAUAACAUCUACUCCAGCUUUAUGCUCACGCUGCUGCAGUCGUUCGUGUUCUACGGGCUGGUGGACACUUUCUCUUCGGCGAGUCUGCAGGAAUUUGUGGACAAGUUGUACCUAUUUCUCUCGGUCUUCGGUGUCUCCAUCAAGCUCUUGCAUCUCUUCAUACGUCGGCGACGAAUCAUCGGUUUGGGUGAUAUGCUGUUGAAGGAGAACUGCAUCCCACGAGAUGCCGAUGAAAAGCUGAUUCAGCAGAAGUUCGAUCGAAACGCGAGAAGAAUCACGAUUGCUUGCGGGGUCUUGAACGAGUCCUGCGCGAUGUUCGCGACCUUCGCACAGUUCUAUCCGCUCCUGAAAACAAGUACCUUGCCGGUGUACAAUUGGGCGCCCUUCGACCUCUCGUCAAUGGCCGUCUUCCUGCCUAUGCUGAUCUAUCAGUCAUUCGCUUUAUGUCUGUGCGCCAAUUCCAGCGUCGCACAUGAGACUCUAAUUUCCGGCCUUAUGAUUCAAAUCUGCGCUCAAUUCGAGAUUCUGUGCCAUCGCGCUCAUAUAUUGCCGAUAUUGCUGAAGCAAGCUGAGAAAGACAGCGAGUCGAAGCAGGAUUUGAGAACGCGCGAGAAAUUGAUCGUCCGUGAUUUGAUACAACAUCAUCUUUAUGUGUAUAAAUUUGCGUAUACGGUUAAUGCGGUCUUUACGUUGAUAAUAUUCAUCCAAUUCUCCAUAAUCUCUCUCGUUCUCUGCAUGAGCGUCUACAAGAUAUCUCACAUGACAUCGUUAUUCACGCUUGACUUCGCCUAUAUCUUUUCUUACCUGGGUGCGAUGCUAAUGCAAAUAUUCCUUUAUUGCUGGUACGGAAAUGAGGUAACUCUGAAGAGUGUCGAAAUUCGCAAUGCUGUUUAUGGCAUGAACUGGACACCAUUAAGAGUUCAGGUAAUGAAGGAUCUCACAAUAAUAAUGAUGCGUACCUCUAAACCCUUUAAAAUGUCAAGCGGUUACGUGGUGACUUUAAGCAUCGACUCCUUCAUGAGCAUCCUUAAAGUAUCCUACUCUGCAUACAAUUUUCUAAAAGAUUCUUAGAUAGAAAAAAGAAAAAUAUGUAUUUCUUUCGUGUUUGAUAAUUCAUAGUUUGGUGAUUUAUUCACAAACAUUUAAUCUUUCUCGAAACUAUUGAAACAUUGUACGAUAUAUGCUGCAAAAUUUAAUAUAGCAAUACGAUAAUCUUGAGGACGAAUGAAAUACCGGAAGCGCAUUCGUAAUUUUCUACAUUUUACUACAUUUCUCGUACGUAUAUGUAUACUCGAGGUUGACGCGUGAUAAAAAAGCGUAAACAAUGAAAGCAACGAUGUAGUAAAUUGAAAAUUUUAUUUAUGCAAUUUGCUGCUUAAAAUUGCAGUUAAAAUGCUGGCUACGAAUAUGUUUACCACGAAUUAUGUAAAAGAGAGAAAAAUUCAAACCUGUAUCAAUAGCAGUGAUAGAAAUUUAGGAAUAUUAUUUAUCUAUUCGUUUUCGUUCUCUCUUUCUCUCUCUCUCUCUCUCUCUCUCUCUCUCUCUCUCUCUCUAUAGUAUAUUUAAUUGAUAUAAUUUAAACAUUAUUAUAUUUGACGAAAUAAUACGAAUAAAUCUAC